AUGCAAGAAGUUGACGUUGAAUGGCUUGACAGCGAGCUCGAGGAUAGCCCACGUUCCGACGAUGAUAUUGGCCACAUGUUCUCCAGUAGCCCCAAUGCCAAACGUGAGGGUGCAAGCUUGCCAAAAGGAUAUCAGCAACAAAUACAGCGACCCGCCGCUAUAUCGUACGCUGGCUCAGAAGAUGUUGAGAAUGUCGAAGGUGACAUGAUAUCCUUUUACGGUCAGCAAUUUGCUCCACAGUCUAAAACCUCUAAUUACCGUCUACCGGCUAAGUCUAUAGGCCAACAACGCUUUCAAGAUAUGCCGGUCGGACUUGUUGCCGAUCAUGGCGUGGCUGCUAAGCGCGUGCUUGUACGUCGCAUUUACCAAGAGUCUAUGUCGCAACUUAUUAUGAGUUGCCAGGCCGUACUUGUCCGUGGUGCUUCUGGAAGCUAUUAUGUCUACCAUUUGGAAAUCACCAGUGACUAUUAUAAACAAAAGUGGGUCGUAUGUAAGCGCUAUUCCGAAUUCUAUCGUCUACGUAAGCGGUUACUCAUACGGCUUGCAACGCACAAAAAACAGCGUGGAUGUUCUGUAUGUGGAACAGUGCGCGAGCAGCUUAAAGACGUGGGCUUUCCUCGUCGCAUAGUCAUGUUUAAAGACCCGUCGUCACUGGUAGGAAUUCGAACCGCCGGACUUGAAGAGUUUAUUGUUGCUUUAUGUGAGUAUUUUUCUGCGGAUCAAGGAGAAACAUGUAGUGAGAUUGUAGCUACGAGAUUUCUCGUCAAAGAAUUUUUACAGUUUCCAAUUGCGCAUGAACAACAGCACGUUCGCUCGAUUCGCCAGCUCAAGUAUGUUGAUCCUCGUGAUGUACAUGUUGAUUCGGACUCUUGCCCAAUCUGUUUAUGCGAAUGGGUCGAAUUAGAUGGAAAUGAGCUUGUUUUGUCACCGUGCGGCCACUUCUUUCAUGAACAUUGCAUCAAUGAGUGGUACCGAACUCGCUUUGAUUGCCCCAUUUGCCGUUCCAUUUCAGGUGAAGAAGAAAACAACAAAUUUUAG